GCGACACGGCUUGAGCUGCACUACGAGGUGGCCCGCACCAGCACGACCUCGGUCCCACAGCAGCCAUGUCAUCGGAACGAGCACUGUUGAUGGCCAUCGGUAGCGAGGACAAUGGCUCUGGUUCAGACUCGCAAGGUUGGGCCGACCAAGCAGGGAUGGAGGUGGCCGUCGGCAGUGGGUGGUCGACCGCUGCGGGCAUGGACGGCAUGGAAGCCGCCGUCUCUGACGAGGUCUUUGACCAUCACCACCGAGGGAGCGGAUACGGCUACGAUGGCGACCACAGCAGCGACUGCGACAACGGCGAGAGCAGGUACGACCGUCAGCCGCAAAGCAGUCGGUAUGCAGACGAGAGGAGCGCAAGACCUCUCCGCCCGUCGCUUCUGUCGCCGUCGCCGUCGCCGGCCAACUCGGCCUCGCCCGUCGUGGGCGUCCUCAUGUCCCGCCACGCAGAGCCGCCCGAGUUGUUCACUCCGCCAGGCACAGAAGAUUUUGCCGAUGAAGGGUAUCGGUCUGACUCGCCUGAUGACAACUUUGAUGCUGCACUCUACACACCGCACAAGCUACAUGCGCGGGCGACGGCGCCAUCGGCACGGUUAGCGGUGGCGACAGUGGCGACGGUAGCGGUGACGCUUGCGGCAGUGCUCGCGGUCCUUGCGGUCUCGCGGCAUGAGCAGCCUGGUGGGUUCCUGCUCCCUAUUCUCGGCUCGCUGGCCGUGGUUGUCACCGGCUAUGCAAUGUAUGCGCGUUCAUGGGCUCACUCGCUGGUCUCGGUCUCGGCCGAGGCUGCGCUAGGUACGCUCCGCGUGGCAUACCGCGCCAAGCACUCGGAGACGUACUCGCUCGGCGACAUCGGGACGCCGUACUGGGAGCUUCAUCACCCGUCCAUCCUCCGCUGGCUGUGGUGCGGUGCACGGGUGCCGCGGCCGACGCUCUGCAUCCCGCUGCGUGGUGACACUGCGCCGCUCCGCAUCCAGCCGUACACGCCACCCCGGGCAGUCAUCGACACGGCGCUUUGUGACAUUCUCCGCUACUACCGACAGACGCUCCAGCCGACGGAGAUUGUCAGCUUGCGGCUGCCGCUGAUGCCAUGUGCGGCACGGCCGGCUGCGCCGCGACCAGACUUUCCAUAA